UGCAAAUCUCCGUACUUUCUUCAAUCUUCAAAGCUUAAAAGUUUAAAUACCCUCAGCCGCUUACAAGUUACAACUCACUUCGUGUUUAAUCAGCAUCGACUCGUUAACUCGUUCAUAAUAUACGAUAUACCAUCCCCGAGAUAUCAGUUACUCUAUCAUGACUUUGACAGUGCGCGCUCGGCUAUUCCCACUAGGAUGAAUCCAGUAGCAGGGGCGCAUUAACAGGCGACCAUGUUAAGUCUCGUGUGCUCGGCCAUAGAUCGCAUCAUCAUCAUCAACAAUGAACAACACGUCUAGAAACUCGAGUGAGACCAGCAAGGGUCGCGACGCCUUCCAUCUUCCACCAUCGGAUCCCGAAUUAAUUUCUAAAAUCCCAAGGAUAUUGCCGCAUGAACGCGUCUUUCCCAUUCAAAUUGGGACCGAACUCUUUAAACUUUCCGGCGCUUCUCUCUCAUCCGACGCCCCAUCAUAUUUUUCACAAUACUUUCAGUGCCAAAUUAAAAAGGCCGAAGAAAGUGGUGAAGAUAUAUCAACAGCUAUACGGACCCUUUACAUAGAUCGGGAUCCAAUUACCUUUAGGGAUAUUUCCCUUCAUUUACAAGGCUAUCAUGUCUCCCCACGCGAUGGGACGCACUUUGUGCGCCUUUUCGCCGAUGCCCAGUUCUAUACUUUGCCCAAGCUGAUGUCGCAGCUCUAUGAAGAGUCUAUCUUCAUUUCUAUUGGCCAUCGCGAGUUUCAAAUCCCACGCGACAUAUUCACCGGACCCGGAAAUUCACCUAAUUUCUUUUCUUUGGGUUUCGGCGUUUUCUUCUCUUCUCGCGAUGAGAUUUUCCCCGGACUCGAUCGGGAAAACUUAAUUAGGCCGCCUUCUAUUAUGCCACCGUCUGUCCCAAAUCGGUCUGCUGAUACCUUUUAUGAGCUAUUACACCUUCUGCGAGGAUACCCGGUGCAUAUCCGCGACGAGGAACACCGCGCUUCCCUUCUCCGCGACUGCCGGUAUUUCAAUUUUAAGGGAGUAGAACAGAAGUUGAUUCCGCAUCAUAUAAAUUAUAAUCUAUCUCGGCGACGAUAUGAAAUUACUCUAAGAUUAGAAGAUAUCCUUAAAUCUGGUAUUUCAAUUGCCACCGAUGUUACGACCCCAGGUAAUGGCGCAGAACCUGUCUCUGGGUGGAUUAACUACAUGCGGCCAUAUGAGGACGACAAACACCAUGAGCUUAUCUUAGAAAUCGGAGGUGAGAAUACGAAGAUGCAUCUAAACGUCAUGCGAGCAGAAUUCUUCGGUCAGGUCAAGGUCCGCGUUGCGAGAUUGUUCGAGGUGAUAGCCACGAAGCUUAAUCUUCCACCGACGACUCAACCUUUAGGACUUUUGAUGGCGUCGGGCGGAGCUAGCAGCCAGCCAGCGACACCGGGGAAUACCCCGUUGAGCGAAGAUCUUGUUCGAGUAAUAAUCGAGCCCGAGACACAUAUUAUCCUCGACGGAAAAACAUACACCAACUAUACAGAAAUCGAAGACGUGGCGGUAGCAAUGUCGGCAUCGUCAUCGAUGGGACAUGGCGGAGAACAGGACUCUCCCAUCUCUAGCAUAGGCGGGUUCUACGCACCGUCGAGGAAGAGGAGACGAAUAGAUCUAUCAGGUCAUACAGCAGACGAGUGGAUAGUCAAGACAGGGCAGUGGAGGCUCCGGAUACAAGGCUCGAGGAACGGGAAGAGCGCGAUCGAAUGUGUGCUCGUGGCCGUUAAGCUGGACGCGUAUAGCACCGAGCAAGCGAGGAAUGCUCAGCGAGGGUUUUUAAAAGGUUGAUCGUAUAACGGCUCGACAGCCCGGAGGAUCGUGAUGGAUAUAUCAUUGAAACGUUUUUUGUCUGCUGGAUUUAUACCGUGCUUGGCGCUUGCGGUUUGUGGUUUAUAUAGGUACUUGUACGAUCAAAAUAAAACUGUUAAUUCCAUGCCUAUGGUGAUGCUGGUGUAUGCGGGUUUGGGGAGUUUGUCGCUAGGCUACUUGGUGAG